UCCACCUGUGCCUUAUAUUACAACUCCGACUCCCUCUCGUCUUUCUCGUCGUCCGCGUCGUUGUCAUCCUCCACAUCAUCCUCUACUUCCCCUCUUCUCCUUCUCCUCCUCACGCUGCUUUGCCUCCCCCAUCACCUGAUUCACGCCACCGCCUAUGAUGACGAUCCAGGCAUCGCGGUUCACACCCGAGGUGCUUCUCUCGGCCCCACGCCGAUCCGCCGGCGUACCCAACUCUACUGGCGAGCUGGCCCUCUAUACGGUCUCGACCUACUCAUUCGAGACGCACUCCAAGACCUUUCAGAUCCGCGUUCUGAACAUCAAAGACGGUUCUUCUCACCUCGUUUCGGAGGAUACCGCCACUGGCGAGCCCAUCUGGAUUAGUGAGACUGAAGUUGCCUUCAUUAAGAAUGGGGACAAUGGCUGUUCCAUGCUCCUUUCUCAAGAUGUUUACGACAAGUCUUCUGCGCCACACAUGAUGCACUACUUUGCCGGAAGCAUCUCCAACCCCAAAGUGAAGGUUCUGUCUUCAGACAAGGUCGCCUUUGUCUGCUCUGCCUUGACCACCCCCGAUGGAGACAUGUACUGGCCUGCCGCCGAGACUAAGCCUCACACAUCCGCCAAGAUCUAUACUGGCCUCUUCGUUCGACACUGGGAUGCGUGGAACACCGCGAACCAGAAUUCGCUGUGGUACGGUCUCAUUGUGAAGCGAGACGGCAAAUGGACCCUCGAGAACCCGGGCCUUACCAAUCUCCUGGCAGGUACUCAGCUGAGCUGCCCCGUUGCUCCCUUUGGCGGCACUGGCGACUUUGAUAUUUCUGCCUCGGGAAUCGCUUUCGUCUCCAAGGACCCGGAACUGAACCCCGCCAGACACACCAAAACCGACCUUUACUACGUGCCCAUCAAGUCGUGGACCGAGAAGCCCUCAACACCCCAGCUCGUCAAGACGGGUCGUCUGAGGGGCUACACUCUCUCGCCCGCCUUCUCCAGCGACGGACGACAGAUUGUCUUUGCAAGGAUGAGGAGCGAGCAAUACGAAUCUGACAAGACGAGAUUGCUUCUCCUCCCGGAUGUUACCGACUUGAGCAACGUACAGGAGUUUUAUGAAACCAAGGAUGGCGAGGGUGGUUGGGAUUUGAGACCAGACUGGGCUGUAUGGGGAAAGGAUGACAAGGUGCUGUACGUUGCGGCAGAGAAGCACGGAAGGAUGGUGCUCUGGGAGGUUCCUGCCUCGCCAUUGGAAGCCACGAAUCUUCCACAGGCUAUCCACAAAGACGGCUGUGUCAUUGAAGCGCGAGUAUUGGGCGGGAGCAACUCACUUCUCAUAAGCUCAAAGUCCCGCAUCGAAAGCUCCAGCUACUCUAUCCUCCACCCUGAUAAACGGUCUAUCGAGGAGAUUUCCACCAGCUCCAAACAUGGCAGGUCCUUUGGCCUCUCGAAAUCGCAAUGCUCCGAGAUUUGGUACCCGGGGUCGGAAGGGUAUAAAAACCACGCCUUGGUCAUGACCCCGUCUCAUUUCGACUCCUCUAAGAAGUAUCCUCUGGCCUUCUUGAUCCACGGAGGUCCACAGUCGGCGUGGACGGACGACUGGAGCACUCGGUGGAAUCCGGCCAUCUUUGCGGAGCAGGGAUAUGUCGUUGUGUGUCCUAACCCGAUUGGAAGUACAGGAUAUGGACAGGCUCAUACCGAUGCUAUUACGGAGAACUGGGGAGGCGGCCCUUACAAGGAUUUGGUCAAAUGUUUUGAAUACCUUGAAAACGAGGUCAAGUACGUGGACACCGACCGAGCGGUGGCACUGGGCGCGUCGUACGGUGGCUAUAUGAUCAACUGGAUCCAGGGGAAUGAUUUGGGACGUAGGUUCAAGGCCCUGGUUUGCCACGACGGCGUCUUCUCCACGCAGAACCAGUGGGCAACUGAGGAGCUGUUCUUCCCUGAGCAUGACUUUGGCGGAACGCUCUGGGAGAAUCGCCCCGGAUACGAGAAGUGGGAUCCGUCGAAGCAUACGGGAGAAUGGGCCACUCCACAACUGGUCAUCCACAAUGAACUCGACUACCGCCUCCCCAUUUCGGAGGGCCUGUCUAUGUUCAAUGUCCUCCAGGCCCGGGGAGUCCCCAGCAAGUUCGUCAUGUUCCCCGACGAGAACCAUUGGGUUCUGAAACCCGAGAACUCGUUGGUUUGGCAUAGGGAAGUGUUGGACUGGAUCAAUAAGUACAGCGGUAUUUCCGACGAGACCAAGUUGGAGUCGCGCACGGGAAAGCUUACUGUGUAGCUGGGACUUUGACUUGAAGGGAGCUUGUAAGAUUUUGGAGUACAAAGUUACGUUUGAAUGAGAAUGAAAGCAAUAGUUAUCAUGACGUUGAGAAUUUCUUAAUCGGCAAGGCCCAUUGCACCUUUGCAUCGCGUCGUAAUUGAUAGCGGGCAUAAAUUAGUUCAAGACGUAAUCACUAGAUGUCUUUAUUGUCAUGAUGUAUGUAUUUUAAUCUCAUUGAACUUGCUAGCAAAUAGAG